CCCACCUCGGCCACGUUGCUCCGCUCCCCCCUCCCCACCUUCGGCUGGCACCGCCGACAAGCCUUACCUAGUUGCAUCGGCGAGGAGAGGUAGCCGCGGCGAGUCCAGCCAGCCAGAGGCCGCGACAGGAGGGAGGGGCGGGGUGGGGGUGGGGGCACAGAGCCCGGCGAGGCCGCCCUUGGUGGGGGUAGCGGGGGCAGAGCUGCCGAGAAGACCUGGCAGCCGCCCUCCUCCGCCCCCACCCACCAGAAGCACUCUUUCCUGAUUAUCUGAGAAUCGAAUUAUUACAUUAGUAUUCUUUCAUUUUUGUAUCAUCCCCCCCUCCUCACUCCCCAACCGCCCCCACCCCCACGCCUGCCUCGUCUCUGGUUGCAUGGCAGCACUGCCCGGGCGCGGGGGCUCAGGGCCGGCCCCCCGGGAAGGAGGAGGAGGAGGAGGAGGAUCAUGAAGCCCGGAGUCGCCACCGCGCCGGACGGUGGGCAGCRGCCAGAGGACGAGCCCGAGCAGCCCCCGCCCCGGAGACACCCGGACGCCGACCAGCAGUCGCCUCUGCCGCCACAGCAGCAGCGGCGGGCGCGGGCAGCCCAAGAGCCAGAGGAGGGUGACAACGACCCAGAGGAGGAAGAGGAGAAGAAGGCGAGGCCACUCGCCCGCCGGGAUCUGCCCUUCUUCCACCUCGCCCGAAGGGACCUUUGAUGGAACCAAGGGGAGGGGGCCACGGAUUUGCAGCCUGCAGCAGGAGUGGGUUAGGGGCUGAGAUAAUGUAACUAUUUCUUUCUCCCGUCCCCUCCCACACGCCCCUCUUCUACCCCCCUCUACACCCACCCCCAUACACACCCUUCCUCUAGCCAGGAUCUUCACUCUCAGGAAGGACGUGGCUCUKCGAGGGUUAAAAGAUCUUUUCUUGUUCUGCCUUCCUUUCCUCUCCCUCAACCCCCUAAUUCCCCACCUCUGUUCACCAAAUUGGCUCUCCCUUCUUCCGUGUAGCCCUUUGGCUGCAUAGGCAAAGCACAACCCCCUUGCCCAAUAUAGCCUGCAACCUUCUCUCCUCCACCYAACUGUUCUUAAAGCAACUCUGGUGCUUCCGGGGGUUAAUUGCCCCAGUUUUCUGCCCAGGAGAAUUAAAACUUCUUCCAGCCUCCUUUCUGCCUCCACCUUUCCCCCUCAACCGGUUCCCUCCUACUACCUGAGGAAAACUACCUUUUCUCUCUCACAUAUGCAGCCCUCAAUUCUUCAUUGAGCUAGAUUUCCCUAAACCCAGCUCAGUCCACUUCAAAUUUGAUUUAUAACCUUCCUCACCCUUUUAUAUAAAAGAAAGAGAUUUACCACUGCCAAGGGGUUCGAGAAGAACCCAGUAAUCUUUUCCUGGGGAACUUUUAACAAUUAGACAUUGAUCUUAAGGUUCUAACAGCCCAGCAUCAACACUUCUUCCGUCACCCUGCUCCUUCCAGAGUUUUGGGGUCAAAGACAGAAAAGGAGACACCUUGAGCAAAGUCUGAGAAGGGGUUGGGCUGCAAAGGCAAGAAAAACUUUUUUGUUUUGCAUUUUCCAGGUAGAGUUCAGAAUCAGUGACUCACAGUUCUCAGUUCUGGGAGCAAUUUAUUUGCUGCUUGGAGGGGUUGUAAGAAGAACCAGUAAGAAAGGAGAUUCCUCCAGUAACAGCAACACUGUGGACCCCAAGCCCCAUCCUAUUCACCUCUUCAAAGACUCCAGCUGCCCUCUGGGUCCUCUGCUUUCUGUGGGCACAUGCUGAUGCCCCUGGGUGGGCUGUUCUGGUGGUGGUGGUGCUGCUACUGCUUCUGUGGCUGGUACUGCUGUGGAUUGUGCACCCCAGCUCCCCAGAUGUUGCGCCACCAGGGUCUCCUCAAGUGCCGCUGCCGCAUGCUCUUCAAUGACCUGAAGGUUUUCCUACUGAGGCGCCCCCCUCCAGCGCCCCUGCCCAUGCACGGCGACCCCCAGCCCCCGGGUGUGGCGGCCAACAACAACACCCUUCCGGCUCUGGGCGCCGGAGGGUGGGCAGGCUGGAGGGGCCCUCGAGAAGUGGUGGGCAGGGAGACCCCUCCUCUGCCACCUCCACCACCUUUGCCACCUUCUUCUGUGGAAGAUGACUGGGGUGGCCAAGCAGAGCCACCUGCCUCACUGCUCAGCAGUGCCUCCUCAGAUGAUUUCUGUAAGAAGGCUGAGGAUCGCUACUCACUGGGCAGUAGCUUGGACAGUGGUAUGAGGACUCCGCUCUGCCGCAUCUGCUUCCAGGGGCCAGAACAGGGGGAGCUGUUGAGCCCGUGCCGCUGCGAUGGCUCAGUCAAGUGCACGCACCAGCCGUGCCUCAUCAAAUGGAUCAGCGAGCGGGGCUGCUGGAGCUGUGAGCUGUGCUACUACAAGUACCACGUCAUUGCCAUAAGCACAAAGAACCCUCUACAGUGGCAGGCUAUCUCUCUGACAGUCAUCGAGAAGGUUCAGAUUGCGGCCGCCAUCUUGGGUUCCCUCUUCCUCAUCGCCAGUAUCUCUUGGCUCAUCUGGUCGACCUUCAGUCCCUCAGCAAAAUGGCAGCGCCAAGACCUCCUCUUCCAGAUCUGCUACGGGAUGUAUGGCUUCAUGGACGUGGUGUGCAUAGGUCUCAUCAUCCACGAGGGACCCUCUGUGUAUCGCAUCUUUAAAAGGUGGCAGGCUGUCAAUCAACAGUGGAAAGUGCUGAACUAUGACAAGGCAAAAGACCUAGAGGAUCAAAAAUCAGGAGGCAGGACAAACCUCCGGACCUCCUCAUCUGUCCAGGCCAAYGUCCCCUCCUCCGAAGAGGAGGCAGCCAGCAGCCCUGCCCCUGAAGAAGGCCCUGCCCGGGUUACCAGCCACCCCUCAGGCCCUCUGUCCAAUCACCACUGUGCUUACACCAUCCUGCACAUCCUGAGUCACUUGAGACCUCAUGAACAGCGGAAUCCCCAGGGCGGCAGCCGAGAGCUCGUCAUGAGAGUCACGACAGUGUGA